AUGAGUAGUAAUAAACUUGAAAUGUAUGAAGAAAUUCGCCUAUGGAAAAAUUCACGCGAGCGCGAACGAUACGAUAAUAUGGCGGAUGCUUUCUCUCUCAUCACAACCUUGCAAGCACUUGAAAAGGCUUAUAUCAAAGAUCUUGUUGAACCUGUCGAAUAUACGAAACAUUGUGAAAAGCUAAUCGCUAAAUUUACAGCAGCAUUUCGUCAGAUUGAUGGUGAUUUUUCUCGUAUAGAAGAUUUUGCUCGGAAAUAUAAAUUGGAUUGUCCAGCAGCUGUAUUACGUAUCCAUGAAGGCCGUCCAAUAACCGUUCGUGACGAUCGCGGUAAUAUAAACAAAGCAAUUGCAGAAACUGUUUCGUUGUUCAUCAAUCUAAUGGACAAACUGAAAUUGAAUAUUCGAGCGAAUGAUAUGCUACAAACCGAUGUUCGUGAAUUAUUAGAUGUGAUCAAUCAAAUGAGUUUGAUACCAUCGAAUUAUAUCGGUCGGGAGAAAAUCUCUAAAUGGUUAAAUAUUCUGAUGACGAUGAACGCAGCUCACGAGAUCACUGAUGAACAAGCACGGCAAUUUCAGUUAGAUUUAGAAACUUGUUACAGUGAAUUCAAUCGUUUACUUGCGUCUACCGGAUAA